UUCCGCCUAUUGUGGUGCCUGUAGGGGGCGCCAUGUGUUGGACAUUUGCGAAAGGACCCAUUUAAAGAGUGAUUAAAUUUGUUGUUAAUACCAGCAAAACGCUUAAAAUGGCUUGGUGCAGCAAAGGUGUGUGAGCAUCCCGUGUCCGGAGAAACAGUGGCGGCGCCAGACCCACCUCCAAGCCGUCCCGGGGCCUCCCCCGGGGCAUGAACGGAGAAGGCACAACCAUGGAUAACUACCGGGCUUCUAUGCACACGUGGAACCCACCGGUGGUGAUCAAACAGGAACCAGAGUAUGACCUGUAUGGAGACACAGCACAGAGUCAUCACAACCAUCAUCCACAGCAGCACCAGCUGCAGCAUUCGCACCAACCGCAGAACCCAUCGCCACAGCACCAUCAGUCAGGCUCUGAAUUUGUGAGGUCACCGUACUUUCAGCAGCAGUCCCAAUACAUGAUGCCUCCGGAGAAUGGCUGCCACUACCGCAUGGCCGAGGUGGGCCAGCCAGAGGAUGAGGAAGACAGCCCUGGCACACCCAAAAAGCGUGGCCGCAAGAAGAAAAUCAAGGUGGAAGACCAGGAGCUGGCAUUGGGUCUUGAGCCGGGGCAGCCCGUUCCUGUGAUCCGGAAACGUGGUCGACCGCGGAAAUAUCCCAUCGCUGAAGGGCUUGACAACAUGGAUGAUGGCCGCCGCCCUCUGAAGCAGGAAAAGAUAACGGAUUCGUUCAAGCAGAGAAAGCGUAUUGACCGCUUCGAGGGCAUGCCUGAGGAAGAAGUUGCCAAGCGGACCUUGCCCGACCAUUUGGUGCCCAACCUGGACAUUGUCAUCAUUGGCAUCAACCCUGGCCUUUUCGCUGCUUUCAAAGGUCACCAUUAUGCUGGUCCUGGGAACCAUUUUUGGCGCUGCCUGUUCUUGGCUGGCCUCAUUCCGGAACCCAUGACGGCUGUGGAUGACUUCAAACUUAUCCAGUAUGGAAUUGGCUUCACCAACAUUGUGGCUCGCACGACACGAAGCAGUGCUGAUUUAUCCAGGAAAGAGAUCAAGGAAGGUGCGGAGAUACUCCUGGACAAACUAAAAAUAUUCCAGCCCCGCAUAGCAGUCUUUAAUGGGAAAGGAAUAUAUGAGAUUUUCUCUGGAAACAAGAACUUUGUGUUUGGGCGACAGCCAGAGCCAAUUGAAGGGACCAAUGUGUCAGUGUUCGUGAUGCCAUCUUCAAGUGCUCGGUGUGCUCAGCUGCCCAGAGCAGUAGACAAGCUGCCAUUCUAUGUGGCACUGAAGAAGUUGCGUGACCACCUGCGAGGGCACCUACCCAUGCUGCACCCAUCCGAGGUUACGUUCCCGGACGUUAAACUCAAGGUUGAGACAAAGGAAGAGCCAUGUGAUGAUGAAGAUGCAGCCACAAAUGAAUCGGACCCUUUUUCUACAGAAGGCACAGAUGACGGAAGCUCGGGAUAUGAUGGAAGCAACACUUUUCAUGUGCAGGUCGUCAGCACAGGUUUGUCGCAGGUCAAGGAGGAGUCUGGGGACCACAUGAUGUCUGGAAGCUACCCGCCCGAACAGCCUAAGAAGCGGGGCCGCAAGAAGAAAACUGCCGAGGCUGCAGUCCACACACCAUCUGACUACAGCCCUGCAGCUAUUGGGAUGCACCCCCCACAGCCACCAGUGCAACACCAGCGUCUCCAACCAGUGCACCACGUGCCCAAUAACCACAUGUCACCACAGCAGCAGCAGCAGCAGCAGCAGUCGAUGCACCUUCAUUCCCAGCAGCAGCAGCAGCAGCAGGUUGGCCCCUCAGACGAGCAGCAGCAGCAGCAGCAGCAGCAGCAGCAGCAGCAGCAGCAGCAGCAGCAGCAGCAGCAGCAGAUGGAUUACCACAGCACUGCGAGCGGCUACUACAAUGCACAGUACAAUCAGCAACGGCUGGUCCAGCAACCGCCACAUUACUACCAGGACGGCUUCCCUGAUGUUCACCCACCCCCACAGCAUGGGACCCAGUCGUAUGGCCAGUGGAGCGGUGGGGCACAGCAGCCCUUGGAGUACGCGUGUGAGCAGCCGGCCGAGCCAAGCCCCCCAGGGUCUAACUGGGCCUACCCGUCAACCUAUUCGGAGGAUCUCUGCCGUGCUGCUGAGUUCCCGUCCUGGCUCAAGCAGGAGCCACUGGACUCGUGCGAGACUGGAGGCGGCUACUGCUGAAAGCUGUUCACUCAGAAAGCAGCCAAGUCUGGGAGGAGUGACAACCACUACCAGUGCACUGUCACCCUUGUGUGUUCAUCUCGUACCUGCAUUUGGCGAGUCCUGUGCAGCCCAGAGACAUAAGCCAAGCAGCUUCUUUCUGGUUUGAAUAUGUGCACUUUCACUGUAGAGCUCUGCCACACAAGAGCAGAACCACUCAGAGCAGGUUGUGACAUCACCUUCAACAUUUCUGCAAGCCAAUAUGUGCCAGAUGUCUGCAGUGGCUGACCUGCAUUUGGGAGAAGACUUCUGUGUCAAGGUUGCUUGUGGGAAACUGCGAUCUCACCCAACAAAUCAUGUCAUGGUAGCAAGGAGGAGAAGGAACACAGCUUUGUCUUUCAGAUAAUCUGAACAAAUUAAGGCCUCCAAAGGAUUCUCAGCAAUUUGGUUAGCAUAAACGCAAUGUAAUCUAUUUUUGGCCACUCUAGCCAAAAUGUGCAAGUCAUGGUGAAAUUUAAAGCUUAUCUGCAAUCACUGUCAUUGGGUUUCAACAGUCUUACAUAUGCGUCACUUGUUAACCCAACACUGGUUAAAACAAAAAUGUGCUUUUGUGUGGACUCAAUGAAUCGAGUCACUUUGCAUGAGUUUUAUGUUACGACAAGAGUAAACUGUGCAUAAUCAACCAGGUAUGGCUAGCUGACAAUCUAUGAUAGCAUUUCAUACAUUAGCCAAACUUUGCUGGCGCACAUUUCUUGAGGGUAUUAUACUUGAAUCGUCAAUCCAUCUGCUUGUUCUGAGAAGUAUGUUAAGAAAUUUCUUGUUUCCUAAAAAUUUCAGCUAGAAGUAUCAGCUAGUGUUACCUCAGCUGAAAUAAACAAAAACCAAAAACAAACAAGAAAACAUGAGUACUAAACUUUUUUUUUUAAAUCAGGAGUGAAUAAAAAGGAAUUCAUGCAUGUGCACAAAUUUUUGUUCUAGAGACUGCCAUGUCAGCUAACCCAAGAAUGUAAUCAUGAAAUUAACAGAAAGAUUGAAAGUUGGAUUACCUUCAGAUGGCCAAUGUGUAGAAGGCAGACGAUACAUCUCAGAAGAAGCUGCUUCUUUCUUCUUUUUUUUUAGCUCACAUCCAUUGUGGUAUACAAAUGGCGCUGACAUGUAAUACUGCAUGCUGGUGAAGAAGGCCAUACCAUGAGGUCACCAUUGUAAGAUAAAAGGAAGACAAAAAUUCCCUGCAUUCAUUUUUUUUUUCUGCUAUUGUGGUCUACCAAAAGGCAUGACUGAGUGUGAAUUGAUGUGCUGCAGAGGUGACAACACAUGGACACUGAUGAAAAACCAAGAAAGGAACACGGACCUUGGCAGCCGCCGUUUUUUCGUCAGUGUCUGUGUGUGACUGCAGCGCAUCAAUUCACCUUCAGUCAUGCCAUACCAACACGCCCCAGUCAAAGUACUUUUGAACCAAAAGGCAGUUCCAGAAAGACUUAGUCUACAAAAAUUAACUUCCUAAAUGUAAUUUUUUCAGAUAUACUUCUGACCUCGUGGCUGCAUUGUUCAAGUUCUUAUGUUCUCCUGCACAAUGUCAUUGUAGUUGUGAGGUAAAUAUUACAUGUGCAAAGGCCACAUAUUUAUUGAACAUGUAGGCACUGUCAGCAUGUCGUCUGUCAAUAACUGUACACUUCUGAUGUUAUAAAUAAUAUAUAUGUUUUGUUCUGAGUUUGCCAUAUGGCUUCAAAAUUCAUACUUGUAAUUGCAUGUUCUGCUUUGAUGCUGGAAAUUCCAAGAAAAUUGGUAGACCCAUAAAUGAAGCUAGGAUGUAGUCCCUAUGAGAGAGUAUCAUUUCACACACAACCUCUGCUUUUUGCACUUGAUCUUAACAAAAAUCACCAAACACUUCAUACAGAAUCUGGUGCAAUAACGGAAUAUAGCAGACUGAUGUGCAGGAUUGGUGAUGCCUACAAAUGUGUAAAUGCUGUGAACUGCAGGCACAUAAUAAUUCUGGGUUCCCUCUGUGCUGUGUUACAAUGGUCCUUGAGCUGUCAGGCAUCUCCCAAAUAAGGUAAUGCACCCCAAUUACAUUAUGGCAUGCACACCUGGCUGAGGCAAUAAUUAAUUAUACCAAGGUGCUUAGCUUUUAGCACCACUGUGCAAUUUAAAGACUGGUGUAGUUUAGCUGUUUUCCUCUAACAUUUUUUUAUAUUAUGAGUGUACAGAUGCAUUUAUCCUUGUGAUAGGAUGCAGUCUGAAAUCUUGCAUAAAAACUCAUGUGAGUUAUUUUGGCUUCCUUGUUUUAUAGAUUGCAUUACUGUGACAGUUGCAUUUUUUUUCCUCCUCGCAUCACUUGUGUGUCCUAGUAGAAAAGCACAACUGAUUAUUUCAAUUUUUACUGCCCAUAAUGAAGUGCUAAGAUCUUGUGCAUGAGCAAGUUUAUGUCCUCAAAUAUUUGCAUUCUAGUGUGUCAAAUAUGGGAGAAAAUGCUAAGGAGAUAUACGUGCAUUUCCAAGUGUAUAAACGUGGUGCAUAAAUCUGGUUGUAUGUACAGCAUAAGUUGAGCUUAGCCUUUAUAUUGUGCUGAUUAUGGAACUGGCAGAUGUUGCUCGUAGCCAUUGUGCUAAAUCAAAAGCACAAAUGUGUAUGUACUCUCAGUCCAUUUGCUUAUAAUUGGUGCUAAAUAGCUUCAGAAGAACUCUGUAUAGUUUGAAGUUGUUUUAAAAUAGCGGGGGCACGUUGGAAUCCUGCCUGUCUGCAGCUGGUCUUUGACCUUAUAGAGCGCUCCUCACCAACUUUGGUCAUGGCAAGUGUGACAAAAUGUUACUCCUGUGUAAGCAGUAGACACAGAUUCGCACGAUAGCUCUUAUUCCAAGAGCAGCCAAUGUGUAUAUGUUUGAAAACUGUACGGUACCUUUGAUAAACACUCUUCAGCUGAAUUUCUUAAGACAAACUGAUUUUCCCUAUUAGUUUAGUUUAACAUAGCUACAUGUAACUCGGGUGCAAAGCUGUUUACAGGAUAUGCUUACAACACUUUUAUAUCAAUAGUAAAGGAAGUGUACCGUAGGGGUUUAUGUGUAAGUGAUGAGUUGAGACAAUAGAGGCUAUAGACUAAGAGAUACAGAAGAGUGCCGAUCAGUUUACUACUGGCUCAUGGUCUCAUAUCGAACAAGUGAUCACUUUUCAUGUCCUAUUUUGUUUUGCAACACACGGGGUCCUCACGACUAAAUUAUUCAUCCACUAGAAUUGAAAACUGCUGUUCUCUGUGAAUGUGGCAGUUUGAAAACAGAGCUGCUUCAGUGUCACCUGCUUUGUCUUCUUCAGCACUGGAGGAAAGUCAGUGCACAGACAUUCUCUGAUCAAUAGGGGUGAUACCGGAUAGACAACAAAAUUCAACGUUUGAACAUAUUGGGAAGGCCAAGAUUGACACAAUACACAUCGUGCAAGUCACAGCGCAGUCUCAAAAGUGUGGCAAGGAGAGCUGUGCAGGCUUGAGGUGCAAUUCACAUCCACCUGUAAAUACUGUAGUAUAAAGUUUUUAGCCGCUAGGAAUUUGACAGUCUUUCUGAGGCACAGGACACGUAAUGCUUCGAAGAUGUUCAGUUAUUGUUUAAAGCAGACAACUGUGGCCACAACAUGGCAACUGAAUAUGAGAUGUUCUGGUACAUCUGCUCGAUUUUGACGUGUUUUAUUUAUUUAUGUGAAAAAUGGCCUUGAUCCUGGUUAUAUGUUAGAAAUUACAGCAUUAGGUAUUUCAUGUAGCAGGGUUUUUUUUUUUUUUUUGUGAACAAUGGUUUGCUGAUUCGAAAGUUAAAUAUUCUUGACCGUAUAGCUUGCCAGUAAUUGAUCUAGUACUUCUGCAAGGUAAUAUUCUACAACGUACCAUCAGUUUCAAUUUUGGACAGAAUAAAUUUUGGACAAACUUAUCAAAAGUAUUUUGAUAAGUUUUAUUACUUCAUGCAAGUUCAUGAGGCACCAUGCAUAAAAUAAGAUGCAAUGCUGUGCUGAUUGGUAACUGAGCAUACUGGAAAAACAGAGCAAUUAUGGGACACUGAGCACAUUGUCACGCAUCUGUUUGUGUGUCCAGUGUCCCUGCUGUUUUUCUAGUACACAAUGUACACCUGUGAAUGUAAUAUGUUAUAGAAUGUAUUCAUGGGCCAAGGUUAUCAUGGAAACUAACAAUGAAAAAAACAAAAACAAAAAAAACCUAUAGGUGGAACUCUGCCAUUUACUUUCACUUUUCCAUACAUUGUUAAUCUACAAGUUCAUCAUUUUACACAGCUGCAUUUAACAUGUUUUGCUUUAUCUUAAUAUGCAUUACCAUGGUGGCACAGUGUAUAUACAGUUUUCUUUCAUGUUCAAGGUUAAACAUUGCUUUGCUGCACUUGUCACAAGAAUUGCAGAAAUUAUACACAUGCUUGGCUCUUUUCCAACCGUAAAGUUUACUUCUCAGCACAGCACUAAGUUUACUUAUAUGUUUGCCUUUCAUUUAGCCUAUGCAUUCAACACCCUUACUUCCAGUUGCACUGACAGAAACCCAAAAAUGCUUGUUGGCAUAGCCUCAGUUGUAUCUUUAAGUGCCUAGCACUGCUUUGAAUGCAUCCUGCAAGACAGCUUUCGGCUAUGAAACCUACAUGCACUGUUAUGUGCAUGUGCAGCUGUCAUGUGCUGUGCUUUUCUGUUUAGGGGUCAUGUUUGUAGUUAAAGUGUGUUUGGUUAACUCUGAGCUUGGGAGCUGCUGCUUGUUCUGCGUUAUUCUCUUUGAAUGUCUGUUUAUGUAUUCACCUAGGAGGGCACCAAUCUCCUCUGAUUAGACAAUGGAGCUGUUCAUCUCACUUUAAGGUUAGAAAGCAAGUUUUAAUGUUUUCACAGAAGUGGGCUACAUGUGUUUUGAUUUUGCUCCAUGCGAUGUACACCUCAUCAUUGGAUGCAUCAUUCACAAUGAGAUGAGUGCUUGGGCACAAGAACUUUCAUUGCAUUCUGAUGAGCAUGGGAAGAAAUCUAGCCAGCGGCACUGAUGCAAGAUGUGCUGUGUUCUGCUGAUUAUGUGCCAAGCUUUACCUGAAUCUCCACCCUGGAACAGCAAACUGCUCAAAAUGUGGGUUUUUGCAUAAAUGACACUGCAUGUAAGUUAUAUAGUGCAUGUGCAUUUCUUUUUUUUUUUCUUUUUUUUUUUGUAAUGGUGUUGGAGGUAGAUCAUGCGCAAACAAAUGCAGUGUUUUCUGGGACACACAGAAAGGCUUCAGGUGCAGCCAAAUGCAAAAAAAUAAAUAAGAAUAACUGCUUCCACUGCACAUUCUGGUUCACCACUGGUGAUGAAUGAUGAACCUGCAUUGCCUGUUGUAGAAGCCUGUCUUUUUGAAAAUAGUGGCAUUGCAGAGGGUAUAUAAGAGCUUCACACUCUGACAAGCUGUUUUCCAUCACAAGUUCACAGUAGUCAAUAAGUGCUGAUCGUGUGAUCUGCUGCAUCCCUGCCACUCACCCAGUCCUUUUCUGUGGAAAAUGAGCCAGCGUGCCAAGCAAACUAAUCACUGGCUUGCAGCGUGAAUUAUGCAUACAGUUUCUCAGUACAAAGAAGCAUAAAAACUUUAGCACUGGCACGAUCACUUAACUAGUGAUCCCAUUGAGCUCUU